UGACGUCAGGAAGUGGAAAGUUAAAAAUGGCGUUGUUUGUUUCUUGGAGGUAUUGUUGGUUUUGCUUAUUUUUUGUCGUCUGUCUGGGACUAGAUGUAGGUUUGUCAUAUCCAGAUACAUAUUACAAUUAUUAUCAGCACAAUGAGUUACCCCAUGAUCAUUCUGUGGCCCGUCGCUCUGUUUCAACUGAAGAGGGAGGAUCUGGCAUGCCCGAAGCCUUACAUCCAACAACAGCAGUCACGGAAAUAGUGCAGAUCAAUGGGAGCAGUACUACGUCAGCGCCACCAGUUGGAGGUCCGCUCACAUCCAAGGGGACCUACGUUACGAGAGAGAGCAAUGUGACGCCAGUAAGCUCACAAGAUGUCAACCGAACAUCAUGGCCGACCACCACAAACAGUUCGGAGUCACACAGUAACUUCACAGCGCUCAAUGCAACAAUUCCAGUGAAGAAUAACACCAGCGGAAGUAAUGUGACAUUGGUGAUGCCCAAAGAAAUCUUGCCAGGAAACACUUCAGAUGCCAUCGAUGGCAUCUCCAUAGACCAGUUUUCGCGCCCGGUUGAUAACAUUACACUGAAGGAGCACAACAUAGCAAAGUACCAACAGGACCAUCAUCAGUACUACAACAGCUCCUUCAUCUCCAACAAUGAAAUGGUGGGACAUCAGUACUGGGUGAAUAUGACAGACAGAUUAGAUGUUCAGGUGAACGACAUGCUGUCACAAUCACAUCGGCGGGCCGCAACAGUGAAGUUAUCAUUUGACUUCCCAUUUUAUGGUCAUCUGGUUCGAAAUGUGACCAUAGCCACAGGAGGUUUUCUGUAUACUGGAGAGUAUGUCCAUUCAUGGCUUGCGGCAACACAAUAUAUAGCACCUCUCAUGGCCAACUUUGACACUAGCAUCUCAAACAACUCCUACGUAAAAUAUGUGGACAACGGAACGGCAUUCACUGUACAAUGGGAGAAAGUGGUACUGCAGGACAAGCCUGAUUCAGGAAACUUCACAUUCCAGGCAACACUGCACAGUAAUGGUGACAUCAUAUUUGUGUACCAGAAUGUUCCAGUUGUGAUCGAAAACAUUCAGGAUGACCAGCAUCCGGUCAAGGUUGGGCUGUCCGACGCUUACAUCAUUGACAGAACCAUCUUCUUUGUUCGCAGAAAGACUAUCUAUGAAUAUCAUCGUGUGAACUUCAAUCGCCAGGACAUCAAGAACUGGACAGUGAUUGUUCUCCAUGCUUUGCCAACUUGUGUGAACCACAGAGACUGUGCCAGCUGCCUGACCAUGUCCACGGGUUUUGAAUGCCAGUGGUGUCCAGUGGCCAGUAGGUGCUCCACUGGAAUGGAUCGACACCGCCAGGACUGGCUGCAUAAAGGUUGUGAUAAGAGUGCAUUGAGUGAAACAGCACAGUGCCCUCCUGCCCCAGUCAACGCGUCGUUCACACCUCAGGCCUCAAUAGAUGGACCGCCUAAUAAUAUAGUGGAUGGUGAGAUGAACGGUGUGACACAAACUGGUCGCAUUCAGAGCCCCGGGGAGAACGGUGGCAUGCAUGGAGACCAUAGUGUGUCCAUGAGCAUCUCAGGAAUUAUUGGUAUUCUGUUCAUCAUUGCAUUGGUGACAGGCCUGGGUGUCUGGAUACUCUAUGCAUACAGGAAUCCCCACACAGCAUCUGGACAGUUCCUCAUUAGGUAUCGGCCAAGUCAGUGGAGCUGGAAGAGGGGUGAGGCUCGCUACACAGCUGCAACAAUCCACAUGUGACCCCCUGAUCACUGUGUGGCAUGUGGACAUGUACAUAUUAUACCCUGCGAGUGAGAGCGAGAAAGUGCCUGUUCAGUUGCAUUUAAAAUUUGCUGUUUUAAUACGCAUGCUUCCAUUUAACAUUUCUCCAUUUUUAUAAUAUUCUGCAUGUUUCUGAGUUCUUUUAUAAACAGAAAAUUGCAUCUGUAUUUUUAAUAAUUGAAUUUUACACACACACACACAUACAUAUCAUGGUACAGUUUCAUACCCAGCUGUUACAGGCAAAGGAAACUGGUAUUUUGUAUUUUAAAUCAGCCUGUUCAGGAUGAGAAAGUGUUCCUCGUUAUAACAGCGGAACUGUGUAGACCAGCAGUGUCCUAAGUUCAGUGGUCACAUAUUGUCUUGCUCUUGUGAUACGGGAUUGAUAAUAAGUACAGAACAUGUUUGACAAAAUAUUUAUGUAACUGUGUCUUCCUAAUACUAUACAUCAUCUGUGCUUCCUUUAAAGUGGUUUCGAUGGGAUUGACAUAUAAAAUCCUUUCACUGCUGGUGAACAAAACAUACAUCUACCACCUGCUUUUUAUAUUGGCAGAACCAUGGAAAAACUCAUCCAUAGACACAGACAAUUUUUUUCAAAAUUUAGAAUUUAUUGGCCAGGUUUGGCUUAUAGGUAUAGUGUGGAACCGUGUCUCAUGUUACUUCCUGAGGAACAGAAGGCUCUAGAAAUAAAAAUCCUUUUAGCUUUGUUAUUUAAAAUUUUCUAACAUGUUAAGGUUGUUCUUGUAACUUGAGAUAUCUCACACUGGUUGUUACUGUGUUUAUUCCUAAGUGUACAGCUGUAAAAAUGCUGGAGUCUUUCUUCAUCUGUGUGAGAUCUGAGGUGUUCCUGGCAUUUACUGUGCAGAAGUACUAGCUCCUGGGAUGCCAUGUAGUCUUCCCUUAUGAUCAUACAUCCCCAUAGUGUGUCAGCAGUCUCGUACAGUGACAUAUCGUUCAGUUAUGGAUAUGUUGCUGCACAGUGCUACAAUUUGCAAAGUAAUAAAUGAUUUGAUGUUUUUGAUGAUCUUACACUUAUUAGGUGCCUCAAGUUGCAAGAAGAGAGAUUGAUUUGAGGAUGUGCUAAAAAUUAAGGGUAGUUUUGUACUUCAAGCUGCGUUUUGCAUGUUACAUAUUUGGAUAUGGCUGGAAAGUCAUGACUGCCCGCAGCCCAAGAGCAAGGUUUUGCAGCCGUGUUUAUUAUUACAUAAACUGGAAGAACA